AUGGUGCAAGGCUCCCUGAAAAAGAAGGCCGGCACGGGCCCGAAACGGCCGCGUGCUCUGGGCCCAAAGCCAGGUCCGAGGCAGAUUGCGCCGAAGAAGCAGUCGUUGAUUAAGCAGCAGAAGAUGACGAAGGUCAUUUUUAUUCUUUUUGCUCUGCAGAAACUUACGGCUGGGUUGAUUUCGAAGACGGAGCGGAAUCUUGCGCAGAAGGCGGGGCAUCUGGAGCUGCUUGCUGGGGGGAAGAAGGACAAGAAGAAGGAGAAUGGGAAUAAGGGUGGGAAAUAA